GACCCGCCCUGUAGUCUGUGGGGACCACUCUCCAUGUGGCGACUACACAAACCCUAGGGAAGGCCGGCAGUAGCACAGACAUUUAGAUGUUUCUAGCACGUGGCACCGACAACAUCCUGUCUGCGGAUCCUGAUCCUAUCUGCGUGAUCCCGAUUCUGAUCACAGGACCUUUAGAAUCCAGGUGUCACCGCCGAAGCUGCAGCAGGUCAGGUGACAGUAACUCGGGGAGGCAGGCCACAGCAGCCGUACACCGGCCUUGGCCAUCUCACCUGGACAGCAGCUGACACAGCCACCCACACCCAUCCUCCCCAUCCUCCAACAGUCUAUUGAGCUUUGACCUCCAGGACAAGAUGAACUCUUCCGAGUUGACCAUCGGCAUCAUGGCAGUGCAGGGGGCGUUCCUGGAGCACCAGGUGGCGCUGUCGCGGGCUGCUAAGGAGAUCCCACAAUGCCCUGCGCUCAAGAUUCGUGAAGUUCGCUGCGCUGAGGACAUGACGGCCGACAUGAAGGGUCUCAUCAUACCAGGAGGGGAGAGCACGACCAUCAGUUUGUUUCUAAGGAGAAAUAACAUGGAGGAACCACUCAAAGCGUGGAUUGGUCAGCAAGACCACGUGACUUGGGGAACAUGUGCGGGCAUGAUUCUCUUAUCCAAGCAUACGGAGCACCAGAAACAGGGCGGCCAGUCCUCGCUCGGCGUCACGGAUACCCUGGUGUCACGUAACUACUUCGGUCGCCAGGUGAACAGCUUCGAGGCUGACCUACCCGUCACCGCUUGUAGUCUGCUGGACGACCCGGCCAGCCACCAGGAGUACUUCCGGGCUGUCUUCAUCCGGGCACCCGCCACUCUCCACGUCACCGCUCCGUCCGUGGAAGUGCUGGCGGCGCUGAGACUCGCACCCGAGCAGCAUCCGGUCAUCGUGGCCUUCCGCCAAGGGAAUGUACUCUCAACAGCUUUCCAUCCUGAGUUGACAGACGACCUACGUUGGCACCGAUACUUCCUGAAGAUGGCGCUGUGUCGAGUUUGAGAGAACAAGACGACUGUCAGUGAUGAGGAUGGUGUUGUACAGACGACUGUCAGUGAUGAGGAUGGUGUGUAUGCGCAUGUUGUUUUCAAUAAGAAGACAGAGUCAAAGGUCAGCCAUGGUGUUGUAGACAAAAUCCUCGUCUUGACGAAAAUCAACGCAGUGUACUCCAGGCUAUAAAUAAAGCUUUCUGUGG